GGUGUGCGGCGCGCGAGGUUUGUUUUGAGGGAAACUAGCUAUCAGGUUGACGUCUCCGUGUUUGUUUUUAACAAAGUGAUUUUGUGGUUCGUCGUCAACAUUUUAUAAAGACUGUCAUUGAGACAUGAACGUCAACACUCGUACCCGGCCAUGGUGUGCCACAUAGCAAACUUUAGGAAUUGCACAAAUCAACUGGAAUGGAUUUACACUCAAAACACAUGUACGACACAUACAAAGAUGAAAUCUGGAAAGAGCUGGGACCAUUGGAUCCGGACUGGUUUGAGGCACUGACAGCUCAAUCAUUCACUAAUGAGGAAAAUGUCUCUGAUCAAGAUGAGCUGUGUGCUAACCAGGAGGGAAAUUUUAAAACACCUUUUGACAGAGCUGCAGUAGACAGUCAGCUGUUUUCAACCCCCAAAGUUUUCAGACACAAUCGACCUGUGUCUCCUGAAACUGAGGAUGAGCAGUCGUUCAAUGGUGAACAAGAAAAAGAGACAUUGCCCUGGACUGCAGCACAAAGUCCAUGUUUGUUUCGUACAUCAAAAGAGGGGAUCCCAGGUGUGAAAUAUGGAGGAUUUCAGCCUGAGGACAGCUUUGAUCUGCUUCAUACCCCCCAAAAAUCUCCAGUUAGCUACAGUAAACAUAUAUCUGAAAGUCUCGGAGCUCAGAUUCAUCAUGAUAUGUCAUGGACCAGUUCUCUCAAUACCCCACCAGCAGUACCGUCCACCCUGAUUUUAUCUAAAUCUGAUGAGAGUCCCUGCCCAGUGAGUGUUUCUACAGACAAAACUGUUGUUUUUGUACGGAAGCUUUUCCCGUCUCUUUCAAAUGCAUCCAGAGUUGAAGUGGUGUCACCUAAAAGCAAUGAAAUCCCUUCUGUUCCCCAAGGUGCCGUUUCCCCUGAGCCGGGUCAGAGCCCAGAGUUGCACGAAUCCCCUCAGAGCUCCCUGAAUCAGAGUGACGGUGUUUGGAAACAGAAACUACCAGAUGCCAUUGAAGAAGAAGAUGUUCGCAGAACAGUUGCAAGUGUUCUUGAAGGAGCUGAAAAUGCUCUGUCUAUAUUUUUCACCAACAGUAAUUCAGCACUGAGAAAAGUGAAAACUGACAGGAUCAAAAGAAAGCAAAUCAUUUCGACAAAAGACCAAGGCUGCAGCUCGGCAGACAUCUCAACAACAAACAAUUCUGCAUUCAAUGAACAGAAAACAGCUGAUCAAGAACCUGGCAGACAUCUCUCAUCCCCACCGUUGAAAACCGGAGAUGUUGGAAUCACCCAGUGGUCUCCCUUGAGUUUAUCUGAAAUUCCACCUUAUACUGUGGACUCUUCUUGCCGUGAUAAUAGUCCUGUCACACAAGUGAAAAACAGUAUUUUAAUAGAACGAUUGCAGAGCGACUCGGAUUCUGGCCACCCCCAGAAACCAACCACGAAACCCACAAACUCUGGAUUUACUAUGAAAAAGAGAACAUUUGUUUACACUCUUGAUACUUCAAAAUCGCAAGGUCAAGGAAAAGAAACACCAUCUCACACCAUGAUGGACUCAUCCCCAGGGAUUCUCGAUACUGGGCAAGAAGUUAAUGUGAAGCAGUUGGGGAACCUACCUCCCUCUGUUCAAGCAAAAUUCCAGGAUCUUGAUAUGUCGCAGCUUUGCAAAGAUUUUGCACAAGACUUCAGUCAAAUGUCAGGCUCCUGUAAACCGAGUAAGAAAGCAGAGGAUACUCCACGAAAUGGCUUCUCUCCAUCAGCUUGCCUGUCAGCCAUGAAAAAAGCUAAGGAGAAAGCAAUGCAAGUAAACUUUCACCAUGACUGUGAAGACGCCAGUAUCAGAAGACAUGUUUCGACCACUCAUCAUAAUACCUCUACCUAUGAUGGCACAAUAAGUGACAGUGGAUUCCAGUCUGCUGUGGCAGAUAACACUCACAUGACUACCCCAUCAUUUAUUCUUCCCAGCUUAGAGAUCAAAGGUCAGAGUGAACUGAGGACUGGCCUAAAAACUGAUAUCCACAGGACCACUCCUUUCACAUCUACGAGCAAAGGAAAUGGACAUUCAGAUUUAGAUAGUAUUUUACAGGAAACUGAUACGGAAGCCAAGCUGUCCAGUGUAAUCAAGGAAAGCCAGACACCUGGACCUGGCAAAGGGAGUGUGUUGCAAAUAGAGAGCACAUCAAUACAACUACCCAGCAGUGCAAAUGGAACUGUCGAUAACAUUAAUUGCAUUCCACUUAAUGGUGAAGUUUGUGGCAGUCUGCCGGAGAAAACAACAGCUUCCCUCCCUUCCGCCCAUGCAUCAGGAUUCAAAACAGCUUCAAAUAAGGGUAUACACAUUUCUUCAGCCAACCUGGAGAUAGCCAAGCGGCUCUUUGAAGAGACAGAAGGGGAAAUAACUUUAAGUGACAAGCCCACUAAAGUGAAAAAUCAAACCACCAACCAGUGGCUUUCUUCAAGUGAAAAAAAUGAGUAUACCAGCUGCCACUUAACAGCUUCACAAAAAGCUGAUGUGACUGAGCUGUGCACUCUCUUGGAAGAUGCAGAGAGCCAGUUUGAAUUUACACAGUUUAAAACUGCAAAGCCAAAACAAUCUCAAGGUAAUGCCACCUCUCCCCAAAAAGCUGACAAAGAACUUGACCCUGAUUUUCUUUCAGGUAUAGAUUUUGAUGACAGUUUUAGUUCAGAAGCUGAAAAGCUAACUGUGAUGCAAGACAGUAUGUCAUUAGCUUCAUAUAGUAAAACAAAAUGUGAAACCUUCAACGUCACCAGUAAAUCCACUGAUUUGUCAUUGUCAAGUGCAAUGAAAAAAGAACAUCCCUCCUCUGUACAUGUAUCUUCGUCUUCAAAGCACAUCUCUGAAGGCAGUAGCAGUAUUAUGUCGGCUGAACCCAAAAGUCUUGACAAAGCUGGGCACACUGAAAGAAGCAAACUGGAGAGCAAAAAUCCUUUAAUGCUUGGUGUGGGAUUUAAAACUGCAGGAGGAAAUGUUUUGAGAGUUUCAAAGAAGUGUCUGAGCAAAGCUAGAGCUUUGUUUGCAGAUUUAGAGGAGAAUCUUGUGACAAGUCAAGAAUCAGAAAACAAGCAAAGCAACAAAACUGAUGCUAAAACAUUGCUUAAGAGCAGUGUAGUUAAUCCUUCUGGUUACCUUUUGCAUCAUAAGGAGGAUAAUUCAAAAUUCUCUGGUUGUGGUACUGAUGCUGAGGAGGGGAUUCAGGGCUGUUUUUCCAACACAAAGGAUGCCUCUUCAGACCAACAGACCACAGGCAUUAGAGAUGCAACAAAAAGUUUGAAAAACAUCAAAACAGACAAAACCACACAUCACAGUGGGUUCCAGAUGGCCAGUGGGAAAGAUAUUUCUAUUUCAGCAAAAGCUAUGCAAGACGCAGAUGCUUUCUUCAGAGACUGUGAUGCAAUGGCCAGUAACACUGGUGUGUCAGUAAAACAUGCAAAGAGCAUAGAACCCUUGCCUGGAAGUGUCAGUCCUAAGGAAAGCCCUCGAAAAUGUAACAAGAAUCUGGAUGAGUUUGAAAAUGUGAAUGCUGGACCAGCUGCAAGCCAUACAGAGGUUAUUCAACAUAAUGUGGAGAUUGACACUUUUGGUUUUAAUAAUACACUGGCUUUAACAAGUGCAGCUUCUUUCCAUGGAAACACGCCGUCGAUUGCAAAGGGACUUUCAUCUCUCUCAUGUAAACCAUCCAAAAAUAUUGACUCCCCUGCCAUCAAUGGAUUGAGCAAUGGUGGUGGAUUUUGUACAGCCAGUGGGAAGAAAGUAUCCAUGUCAGCUGAUGCGCUGAAAAAAGCAGAGCUUCUUUUCAAUGACUUUCAUACAGUUGAGGACACAAACAAACAGCUGAAACAAAAAGAAGAUGCUUUAGGAACAGGUAAACUCACAAAUCAAAUUCAAGUUUCAGCACCUAAAAAUGGAGGGUUUCAGACAGCCAGUGGAAAAGGAGUUGCAAUUUCAUCUGCAGCUCUCAAGAAAGCAAAAUUCUUGUUAAGUGAAUGUGAAGGGGAUGAGGAUACAAACGGUGUAAAACCAAAUCAUUCCAAGAUGCCAGUUCCUACUCCACCUCCCAGGAAAAGUGGAUUUCUUGCAGCUAGUGGAAAGUCAGUGGCACUGUCAGCGGAGGCCCUCCAGAAGGCAAAAGCUCUCUUUAGUGACAUCACUUUCAGUGCUAAGAGCCCAGACACAAGGCACAGUGAUAAGAAACAAGACAGUGCUGAAAAUACAGAGAAAAUGCAUUGUGGUUUCAUGACUGCAGGGGGAGCAAAAGUCCAUUUGGCACAGAAAAAUCUGCUGAAAGCAAAAACCCUUUUGGAAGAAUUUGAUGAUGGUUCUAUUUCAACAAAAGCAAUGCAAGAAGCAGAUGCCUUCUUUGAGAACUGUGAGAACAUUAUUGAUGUCAAUGAAGACAUGUUGGUGCAACAUAAGAAAAGUGUAGCACCUGUGAGUGGAAGUGGCAUUGAAAAGAAAACCCUUUCAGAAGUUAAACAAGAUCAAAGGAUGACAAACAUGUCUGAGGAGCCUGGAAAUGGACACACUCAUUUUGAAAAUGUGAACGAUGAAAAGCUUAACAAAGGAGUUUUUAAGAACACAUUGGAUUCUACCAAUGCAGCAUCUUUACACAGAAACCCAUCUUUGAUAAAGCAAUUUCCUCCCCUGUUGUGCACAACAUCACAGAACAUUAGUUCCUCUGCCAACAAUGAAUUGAGCAAAGGGGGUGGAUUCUGUACAGCCAGUGGAAAAAAAGUGUCUGUGUCUGAUGAUGCAAUGGCAAAAGCAAAGUCUCUAUUGAAUGAAAGUGCAACAAUUGAGGACACAAACAAACGACUGAAACAGAAAGAAGAAAUCUUUCCUCCACAGAAUGGUGGAUUUCAGACAGCCAGCGGCAAAGGGGUUACUAUUUCAUCUGCAGCCCUAAAGAAAGCAAAAACUCUGUUAAGUGAAUGUGAAGGAGCUGAGGAUGAAAACGGUGUAAAACCAACAGAUUUCAAGAUUCCAGUUCCUGGUCCACUUCCUAGUACUACUGGAUUUCUUGCAGCCAGUGGUAAGCCAGUGGCUCUGUCGGCUGAAGCUUUUCAGAAGGCAAAAGCUCUCUUCAGUGACAUCAGUUUCACUGCAGAGAUCUCUGAUGCAAAGAUCAAUGACAACAAACAAGACAAUGCUGAAAAUACAGAGAACAUGCAUUGUGGUUUCACAACUGCAGGGGGAGCAAAAGUUCAUGUGUCACAGAAAAGUCUGUUGAAAGCAAAAACCCUUCUUGAAGAAACUGAUGAUGGUUCUAUUUCAGUAAAAGCAAUGCAAGAAGCAGAUGCUUUCUUCGAGAACUGUAACAUCAUGGAUGCUAAUAAUGACAUGUCUGGAAAACAUAAGAAAAGUCUAGCACCUGUAACACCUCUGAUCAAACAAAAAGAAGAAACUCCUUCACCACAGAAUGGUGGAUUUCAGACAGCCAGUGGAAAAGGAGUUACUAUUUCAUCUGCAGCCCUCAAGAAAGCAAAAACUCUGUUGAGUGAAUGUGAAGGAGAAGAGAAUGGUGUAAAACCAACACAUUCCAAGAUGGCAGUCCCUGGUCCACCUCCCAGGAAAUGUGGAAUUCUUUCAGCCAGUCGUAACCCAGUGGCAUUUUCAUCUGAGGCCCUGCAGAAGGCGAAAGCUCUCUUCAGUGACAUCAGUUUAAGUGCAGAGAGCUCAGAUAAAAGGAACAGUGACAAGCAGCAAGACAACGCUGAAAAUACAGAGAAAAUGCAGUGUGGUUUCACAACUGCUGGAGGAGAAAAAGUUCAUGUGUCAAAGACAAGUCUGUUAAAAGCAAACAACCUUUUGACAGAAUUUGAUGGGGAGUGCUAUGAUUCAACCCUACACUCAAGCCCACAUGACACUAAUAAGUCAGAUCCAUCAGAAGUAAAGUGUAAUCUCACUACAGCCAUUGACAGCAACGUGCCUCAGAGAGUUAAAUCUCUAACCUCUUUUCAAGGAACUGGCCAUGGAAAUGAAAUUCUUCAAAAUCCAAGUGUACCUGGUUGUAGUUACAAAGACAAGAGGCACCCGAGUGCAUUUAAGUCAAAACAAGGCAAAGUCACCCCAGCAGGGGUCGGCAACCUUCAUGGCAGCCCCGAAGAGGAAAUGUCAAGUAUUUUGGACUAUGAAAUAAAUCAGACAAGCAGCAGCGAGGUAUCUAAGGUCAAAAGGCACCAAGAGUCUUCAGUUCUAAAAAUUCAGUCACUUAACCUAAGUGGCUGCACAGAAACCCAGCAGAGGUUUUUAGCCCAGGAAGCUCUGGACUGCACUAAAGCUUUGUUAGAGGAUGAAAGUCUCGCUGGCCAAAGUCUCUCAAUGACCUUCGAAAAUGUGCAAGAAAACGCUAAAUCCAGCCACAGUUCUGUAGAGGAACAAACAAGGACAGAGAAAAGACCAGUAGAGGACCCAGAUAUGACUAGUCAGCCUCCCCUGAAAAGACGAUUACUGGAAGAAUUUGACAGGACUGUUGAUAGUCCAACAGGUUCAACACUCCGACCAGAAAAAAGUUGUCCAAAUGGUGUAAUGAAAGACAGGAGGGUUUUCAAGUACAGCACCUCUCUCCAUCCAAGCAUCACAAGACCACACAGGAAUGGAAAAAACUAUGUGGAAACCAUACUACAAAGGACAACACCAACAAAACUUUCAACACCAGGAGAAAGCAGAUCUGCACAUUCAAAAACACCAACAUUUGUUCCUCCAUUCCACAAGAAUACAAAGACUGAAAGACACAACAAUACAGCGCUCAAGGACAACAUAAGAACACCUUCUGCAUUUGUUCCUCCGUUCAAGAAACAAAGAACUUUUGUCGAAGAGAGCUCCUCUAAACCACAAGAGGAUAAACACCACCAUCUCUCUGCAAUGCCCUUUAACAGCAACACUUAUGUACCGCCCACUAAAAAAACACAAAGCACUACAGAUUUAACUGGAAACAAAAGCAAAGAAGAUAUUCAGUCGGUGGCCUUGGCUGACAGUACAAAUGAUGAUCUGAUGAAUAAUCAAAAGUGUCCUGUUGGCUGUGGAUCAGAGGACUCUGCUCUAGAGGCAGCAUGUGUGGAGGACACAUUGUCCCGAAACCAAGACAUGUUUCAGAAUCUUCAUAAUGUAGAGCUGGCACGAGACAUGCAAGAUAUGAGGAUCAGGAAAAAGAAGCGCCAGACUAUUCGACCUUUACCAGGUAGUUUGUUUCUGACCAAAACCUCAGGAGUGUCGAGGACCCCGUUUAAAGCUGCAGUCAAUGGAAAGCCUCCUGGAAGAUACACCCAAAAACAGCUGUAUGGACAUGGAGUUCAUCAGCAUGUGUAUGAGAUCACCAGUGAGAUUGCAGAAUCUUUUCGCUUUGAAAUACCGCUGUUCAUCAAACGGGAGGCGGUUAUAGAUGGAGGUGGUGUUCAGCUUGCUGAUGGAGGAUGGCUGAUCCCCAGCAAGGAUGGGACAGCAGGGAAAGAAGAGUUUUAUAGAGCAUUAUGCGACACCCCAGGUGUGGAUCCUAAACUGAUCAGUGAGGGGUGGGUGUACAAUCACUACCGAUGGAUUGUGUGGAAGCAAGCCUCAAUGGAGAGAUCAUUUCCAGAAACAAUGGGUGGCCUCUGCCUCACUCCAGAGCAGGUCCUCCUCCAACUGAAGUACAGAUAUGAUGUAGAGGUGGACCACAGCCGCAGGCCAGCUCUGAGAAAGAUUAUGGAAAAGGACGACACCGCAGCUAAAACCCUGGUCCUCUGUGUUAGUGGGGUCGUCUCCAGGGGUCACUCUCCAAACAGGCAGCGUUCCAGUGACACCAAGACUCCACAAGGUGCUAAUGCAAAGGUUGAAAACCCAUCUGCAGUUGUCUGGCUGACAGAUGGAUGGUAUGCCAUUAAAGCCCAGCUGGAUGAACCUUUGACGGCCAUGCUUCACAAAGGUCGAGUGGCUGUCGGCGGGAAGUUGAUCAUCCAUGGGGCUCAGCUGGUGGGAUCACAAGAUGCUUGCUCCCCUCUGGAGGCACCUGAAUCUCUCAUGUUAAAGAUUUGUGCCAAUAGCAGCAGACCAACACGAUGGGAUGCCAAAUUGGGAUUUUACAGGGAUCCACGGCCAUUCCUGCUUCCUGUCUCCUGUUUGUACAGCAGUGGAGGACCAGUAGGAUGUGUGGACAUUAUCAUAUUGAGAAGUUACCCUAUACAGUGGAUGGAGAGGAAACCAGAUGGAGGUGUUGUGUUCCGUUCUGUGCGUGCAGAAGAAAAGGAGGCGAGGAGAUACAACAACCAAAAACAAAAAGCUAUGGAGAUCCUAUUUGCCAAGAUUCAAGCAGAAUUUGAAAAGGAGGACAAAGGUAAUAACAAACCUCAACGUAGAAGACGGACAAUCGGUAGUCAGGAUAUUGCAAGUCUUCAAGAUGGAGAGGAGCUCUAUGAAGCAGUGGGGGAUGACCCUGCUUACCUUGAGGCUCAUUUGAGUGAUGAGCAGUUGGAGACUCUACGUACCUACAGGAGCUCUCUGAUGGAGAAGAAACAGGCUGAACUGCAGGAACGCUACCGCCAAGCUUUACAGAAUGCAGAGGACAGUGAAGGAAGCUGUCCCAAGCGAGACGUUACACAUGUGUGGAGACUCUGCCUCGCUGACUCCAUGGGCCAGCCCAGCAGUGUAUUCCAGUUGAACCUUUGGCGACCUUCCUCUGAUCUUCAGUCUUUACUGAAAGAAGGCUGUCGAUAUAAAGUCUAUCACCUCACCACUUCGGAUGGAAAGAAACAUGGUGGUAGCACAACUGUUCAGCUGACUGGGACAAAGAAAACACAGUUUCAGGACCUGCAGGCCUCUCAGGAAUGGUUAUCAACACGUUUCCAACCGAGGGUCUCAACCCAUUUUGUGGAUCUUCAAAACACAGAAUUCCAGCCGCUGUGUGGAGAAGUUGAUCUCACAGGAUAUGUCAUCAGUAUAGUAGAUGGACAAGGUUUUUCCCCUGCAUUUUAUUUGACCGAUGGGAAACGGAACUUUGUUAAAGUGCGCUGUUUCAACAGCUUUGCUCAGUCCGGCUUGGAUGAUGUGGUAAAACCACGUGCCCUGUUGGCUCUGAGCAACCUGCAGCUGAGAGGUCAGUCCACAACUCCCACUCCUGUUGUGUACGCUGGAGAUCUAACCGUCUUCUCAACAAACCCCAAGGAAGUUCAUCUGCAGGAAUCCCUCUGCCAACUCAGGAACCUGGUCCAGGGUCAGGAGAACUUCUUUCCAGUUGCUGAGGAGGAGCUUUCCCGUUUAAUCAGUUCUGAUGGCCUGGGGUCCAUCUCCUCUCCAGCUUUUCAAACACGAACCGCAGCUUCUGCAACGAUCGUAAAACAAGACACAAAAACAAGUGUGACAUCUCAGCAGUCGGUCAGAAGCCUUGGAUCUUUCACACCUGUAAGCAGGAAACCUCCUGCAGCAAACUGUUCAACAGAGAAAGACCCUGUCUCCCUGAAAAGGAAGAGAGCUUUGGAUUAUCUCUCUCGGAUCCCGUCCCCACCACCUCUCUCCGUUCUGGGCUCUGUGGCUUCCCCAUAUGUAAAUAAGACUUUCAACGCCCCGCGGAGGUCUGAGACACCUAGCACUUUAAAAACUGUACAGACUCCAGCCUGCAAACCUGUCAAAUCACCAGUAGAGGAUGAAUGGGUGAAUGAUGAGGAACUGGCUAUGAUUGACACCCAGGCACUGCGUUGGUGAUUUACUGUAGGUACAUAAGACUGUAACUUGUAAAAAAAAAAAAACCCGUACAAAUGAGUGUAAAUGCUGCAUAUGUUAUAUAUCCUGUGGUUGUUUUUGUUGUUUCACUGGAACCAUUAAAAAGGUGAAAUCACUUCACAUUAGUAAAAUCAUGUCAUCACUUCAUACUGUUCUACAUUCUUCCUCUUAAUCUGUUGUUUGUAAAGUUCAAUAAAUUAAACAAAUUUAGACUUGCAUUCCUUCAGUUUAGCACCAUUAUCUCAUAUUUGUGUUAAAUUGUGAUGCAAAAAAAUACCAAAU